AAACUCGGCAUCUAAUUCCACAAUUAAAGUGUUUCAAAGUCCAAAUAUUUUAGCUAAUCAUAGUUGUAAAUUGUACUCUAUUUGUCCACACUCGAGACUAUAUAUCUCUGUGUCGUCCGAAGGUCGAAGAUCUUUGUCCCGUUCUUCCAUGCUAUUCAACCGUUAAAGAAAGAAACGAACAAAGAUCUCUUGUUCAAUUCCAGUUUCACUCAAAUGUCUUACAAUCUUUCUGUUUCUGAUGAUUCUUCCUUCAAUCGUUGUGUUCCAGAAGUGGUUUCCACUGAUACGAUUGAUUAUCAGUCACUGUUUGAUCUGCCUUUCUCUUCUUUCUGCGAUUCAUCGAGUGGUUAUAAUAUUCAGGAAAACACAGUUGUUGAAUCCGAUUGUGCAGACCAAGUGUUUGCUGAUUUGCUUCCUUCGCAUCAGCUUGAAAAUCUCAGUCUUUGUCAAACUACCCAGUUUCCGUCUCUGUGUUUUGGUUAUAAUACGGAGAAUGGGUACGGGAAUUUGGAAGUUAAAAACGAAGAAUCUAUAGUGGAUUUCGAUUCUGCUUACGCUGAUGCUCAUAACAAUGGCGGGAAGUUCUUGCAAAGAAGCUUUAGUAGCAACAGUUUUGAAGGGAAGUCUAGUUUUUUAUUCAGACCUUUUGAAUCCCUCAUGGAAUCGCACAGUUUCCAUGGCCAAGCCUUGAGCUUGCCGGAGAACAGCUUUUUCAUUAGUCAGAUGAGGAAGGUGUCGAGCACCGGCGAUUUAGAGAGUAUGAGAAACGUUCAUAACACCCAAAGGUCAAUUUCGACCCCAUCAACAAUGGAAGACUCCAUUAACUCAUCAAUGGAGGAAUCGCCGUUUAAAGUGGGGCGUUACAACGCUGAAGAGAGACAAGAGAAGAUCUUAAAGUACAAAGCAAAGCGAAGUCAAAGGAACUUCAACAAAACAAUCAAGUAUGCAUGCCGGAAAACACUAGCCGACACCCGUCCACGAAUCCGUGGCAGAUUCGCACGGAACGAUGAAACCAUAGAGAGUCCCCAACCUACAUGUUCAACUAGAGAUGAAGGCGAAGAUAACCUAUGGGUGAUGUUGCAUGAGGUUGACGAUGAAGAAAUGGGUACUAGAGGAACUCUUAUGAACAGUUUGGACAGCCAAUUUCAGUUUCAAUUUAAACAUGGCUACUUCUAAGUGGAUCAUUUCCUUGCAUAGUU